AUGGCAUCCACAUCAUCUCGCUACCUUCGCCCGGCUCGUACAUUCAGUGGCGACAGCGACGAACACUCGCCAGCGCAGCCGCCACGGAGGCAUUCUCGCGAACGCAAGGCGCCCCUUCGGAGACCGGCGCCGAUUUUGGCUCACUCACGGGAGAGCUCCAACGAAGGUGACUCCGAGUCGUCCCACCCUGGCCGCAACGAAUUCAGAUCGCUCGAUCGGGAAUCAGCAGAUGCCUACACCCGGCUGCAACGCCCAGGCUCGAGCGGAUUCAUCGGAGCCGAGACUCUGCCGAGAUGUUCGCCCUCGACCGCGUCGUCCAUGUCCUCCAUCGGCAGCUCGUUCGAUCUCGCCGAUUCUUCCGCCGCUUCCCUCUUCUUUUCGCCUCCGCCGAUCCAACAGACCCGGAACGCGACAUUUGACCAGGAAAAUGUUCCGAAUCGAAGAGGAAUGGCCGGGCCUCGCAAACUCGACCUCGAACUCCAGGAUCGUCCGCAGGAGACGAUGGUCGUAGCAGAACCUCGAUCCGCCAACGCCAUGUUGCAACAUGUGCGCGUCAAGGCGUCACCGACCACAUUUGGAUUCCCCUUCGCUUCGUCCAUACUUGCGACCUCGGACUCGUUCGCCGACUUGCGAGGACCGGCUAGUCGAACGUCCGUCCAGGAUCACGCUAGGCCAUCGGCGGCGAGUCAAGGACGAUCGGAUCCAAGCCGCAGCAACAAGUCUGCCUCAAGCCAUCGCCUAAGCAGUGAUGUCGACCUGGACUUGAGCUUUGAUUAUCACCAAGAACCCGAGAUGGUCUUUGGUGACGAAGUAUCGAUAGAGUCCGCAUCCGCAGAAUGGAUUGGCAUCGACAUGACGGGCCGUCCGGCCGAGCACGACGUUCCGGAAGGUGAACUGGUACGAAGCCCGAGUGGACGCUUGUUGGGGACUCAUAAAAAGCGCGUGAGAAGUGCUGUCGACCUACGAGCUCAGUUUAGGAUGGCGGAGCAAGCAGUGGCAAUUCCGAUGAUCGAGGACGUACCGACCGAAGAUGCGCUGGGCACGAGACAGGGGUUGCUAGUUGAUGAAAGCACGCACGCCCCUUCCGGGAUUCCUGUGGGCACUUUUGGACGUCGUGUUUCAGCACCGAUCAAGACAAAGCGGCCGACUUCAUGGGGAAACGGCUUCGCCUUCAAUCCGACGAACCCCUUGAUGGUGCCUCUCCCCGACUCCCCCGGCUUCACGCCUUCGCCCUCACCAACUCUUACAAACGAGUCCAAGACGUUGGCGGCACCGUUCCGCUUUCUUGAACGCGCUCGUAGUAGCAUGCGGCUGGCCAGUCCAUUGUCGACGCCGGUGUUGGGUCAGUCAUCUGUCGACGUCAAGGGCAAAGGACGGGCCACACCGGACGAGAACCUCGUCGGCGUGGACGAAUUCCUUCCGCAGCAAACAGAGGAGACCACGGCGCGGCGACAAAACUGGGCGAGCCAGUUGGCCCAGUCAGCGAUGGUAAAAUGGGGAUCCCCUACGACCUCGAGCCACGAAGGCCGCAGUGCAACACCAAUGACGACCAAGUUCCAAUCACCGCUGCCCAUGUCGGUGUUCGAUCAUCCGCAGCACUCAUCAUCGUCUGAAACGUUCGACACCGCCGAAACGACACCGAUCCCUGAUGUUGGACAGUUCGGAGAGCAACGAGGUGCUCGCUCAGACGUCGAAGAUUUCGCUGUUUCGAAGGCGUUCAAGCCUGCUGAAGGUUUAGCCGGACUCGGAAUCGCCUUCAACGCGUCCGACAACGAGGGCCGCUCCAUCCGUCAGCCGCUAGCUUCGCGUCAAGCUCGGGCUCAGCCAAGCUCAGAGGUCGUGCGUCCAUAUGGUCACCGUACGAUUCCCUCCCUUUCCGUCACUCGCCCUAUCGAAGACGGGCACGAGACUUCUUCCGUCACCUCGAGGGUUUCCGCAGUCGAUCCGACCGCAUCUCGACGAAAUUCCUGGCAUUCGGGCCAGUAUGGAGGCGCAAUUCCAGGUUUUUCUGCGCCCUCAGUAGCCCGUAGACGAUCGCUGUAUGGGAACGAGACUCUCCAUGUGCUCGUACCCCAGCCGUCGCCCCAAGGUCGAAUGGCCCCACAGACGGGGCCCGCUUCCCCACGUUUCUCCUUUACCCCUGCGCCUCUCCAACUCGUGAAGGCACACUGCCCACCCCCCGAAGUCGAUGCGACUGCCGGACCUUCCAUAUCGGUACAGGCACCCAUCAACUCUUCGCUUCGUCACCGACGACCCCAUUCAGUGAGAUCCCUCGUCGAAGCCACCAUCACUCGACCGGGACAUUUCAUAGAGACGACCGUGCCGUCGAAAUUGUUGUUCCUGGCCGGCUUUUUGCUUGGACCUUGGUGCUGGAUCAUUGGAGGGUGGUGGCUGCGGCCCUCGGAUGGGGAGCUGAGAAGGACGAGAGGGACGAGGUGUCGAGCGGAAGGGUGCGCUUGCGGAAUGAUGGUGCCAGAAGACCGACUGCGCGGGAUCGCUCAGCGGCACCUCACCCCCAGUAUGGGGCUGAAGGCUCAUUUCACGAGCGUCGUCGGAGGUGGUACUGAUGAGUCGAUCAAGUGGAUGGGCCUGGAUGAGUGGGUGUUUACGAAUCGCGUUCUAGCCGUCACGAGCGGAGUCGCUGUGGUGGUAGUGGUGGCGAUUGCCAUAUUUGAAGCGAGCAUGGCUGCUUGA